GCCAAUUGCGCAGAAACAUCAUCGGCACAACUACACAAGCCGCCACCCCUCCUUCAAAAGUCUCCCAAAGCCGAAACCCUUCCAUUCACCCCCCUCCCCCCCAAAAAAAAAUACCAACCGUCACCAUGUCCACCGAGACCGCCCAAAAGCCGGCCAAGCUACCCGUCACCGUCGACAAGCCGACGCCGUACAACUUCGACCUCGGUCUCCUGCUGGCCAACGACCCGAACCCGGUCGCCAUCCCGGCGAGCUGCGCCGGGGACCGCGCGGCGCUCGAGGCGCACCUGGCGUCGGUGGCGCGGGACGGCGCGCAGGUGCUGAUCAACCAGCUGCUGACGACGUGCGCCGUGAGCUCGACGCCGGCCGGGGUGCUGCUGUCGCUGCCGGCGCCGCAGACGGCGCUGCCGCGCGAGAAGCCGGUGCCGGCGCCCAAGCCCGAGACCAAGUGGGCCGCCUUCGCCAAGCGCCGCGGCAUCAAGCCCAAGACGCGCGAGCAGCGCCGCAACCUCCGGUACAACGAGGAGACGGGCGAGUGGGAGCGCAAGUGGGGCUACAAGGGCGCCAACAAGGCCGGCCAGGACGACCCCAUCAUCGAGCUGAACCCGGCCAAGGAGGCCCAGCGGAAGGAGGGCACCAGCGUGCGCGGCGACAAGAGGAGGGAGAUUCGCGAGAGGGUGAAGCGGAAUGAGAGGCGGAUGAGGAGAAACCAGAGGAUUGCCGAGGGGAGGAAGUAACGGAGCAAAAGGGAACAAAAAGAGACAACAUGAUGAUCCAUAUUCCGCUUACUCUCCCUGGAGGGGAGGACGAGCCUGUUUUGAGAAGGGGGCAGAAAAAAGAUAAGGGUGGACGACUUGCAUUUCAGGCGUUAUCAGAUCUAGGGUUGAUUGUUACGUGUUAGUCUUCUGUUUUUGGUUUGUUUGGGUGGCUUUUUUUUUUUUUAUUUUUUUAUUUUUUUA